UAUUCGCUUGAUAAUGGCGUCCUCUGAAGUUUACGAAGUUGUGCUAAGCGGCGGAGCUCCUUGGGGUUUUCGAUUGCAAGGAGGCAAGGAAUUUCGAGCACCUUUAAGAAUAGCAAAGGUGACACCAAACAGUAAAGCUGACACAGCUGGAAUUGUAGAGGGACUAUUAGUGCGCUCUAUCAAUAAUGCAAACUGUGAAGAGUGGACACACAGUGAUGCUCUGAAUAGUAUUAAAAAGACUGGAUCUAUGUUGAAAAUGAUCCUUUGUAGAAGACCUAUGCCAUCUCCAGACUCUACUGCAACAAACAAUAGUUUCUUUUCAUCAUCUUCAUCAAAAUCUAAAGAUGACAUGGAAACUGGCCGAACAGCUCACACUAGCAAAGCAAACUUCAAGCCAUCAUCUUCAAAUGAAGUGUUAUCUUAUGCAACAAUGCCACGAGGAGGGGAUAAAAAGGAUUUAGACUUUCAGAGAUGGCGAAAUGUUGAAGAAAAUAAUAAUGAAAAUGCAUUUUCUUCAUACAAAGAUGAUUCAUCCAAUGCAAAUGAAUGGAAUCCUAACAUUAUAUCAGAAGUGGUGAGACCUCCGGAGCAAAUUAAGUUAGUUCAUGGUAUGGAGGGAAUACGAUCUGCAUCCAGCUCCUCAACAUCCUCAGAACCCAGUGCACAGAUGAGAGCACCAGUAGACUCUCGUGGAUUCACUGAUAAACCACGCCCUAUUGGUCGAGGGGGAAGAAGAUUAACAUCAGGGUCUAUUGGCUCAGAGGACGAGUUUAUGAUGGCUAAUGGCGAUGCAAGUAGUUCUGAUUCAGCUCCCUCAAUGACAAGACCUGCCAUGCAGCAGUUUAAAAAACAAAAGGAACACGCAGCUGUGGAAGCCUCAAGAGACCCGAAACCAAUCAAGGUAGCACCACCAACCCGUAUGAAGCCCCCCAGAAAAUACAGUGAAGAACACACACAGUCAGAGACGGGUAACCCCCCGCCAGGACCGCAUCGACCAUCAAUCACAAGGGGUGGAAAGUGGUACAAGGAAAUGUUCAAGGAAAUGCAUUCAAGUGCAGGAACUUCUUCAAAUUUAUCUGGCCUACUCGCAAGUGACGUUGCCAAGGGAACUGUCAGGGAACACGAAGGCGGCUCUGGUUCCUCGACUCCACCCAGGAGCGCAUCUCCGUCUCCGGAUCAUAGAGACAAUGAUGUUUUUCUCAGAAAAUCAGAUUACGUACACGAAGAACCAGUCAGAAAUAGUUACACCAGCAGUGUUUCAUCACAACCUGAACCAGCGUGGUCCAGUAAUGACAUUGACAGGAGGGCUUCGUGGCAGCCGGGUGGAGAACGAAGAUCUUCUCGACCAAGUACUGGUCAUGUGCCGGCGUGGUACAAAGACAUGCAGAAGGGAGUCGAAGUUCCAGUUCAAACGAUUGAAGAACCGGAGUCUUACAUUGUUCAAAAGAGGCCGUCAUAUGCGAGUGUCGGGGAAGAAAGAAGAUUCCAAGACCCUGUGCCUGCGGCGCCCGCCUCAGUGAAUAUCUCGUCCUCUCCUCGUACAAGUUACCUUGAUCAGCGGAGAUCUCCAGCGUCUGUGACCGUUCAAAUGGAAGAAAAGAACCAACCUCCCAGCGCAUCCAGCCUGUAUGAGAGCCGCUUCCGGGGAAGAACGGUUCCGUCAAGAACUGCAUCGGAAGAGCUGCAAGUCAGGCAGCAGCCUCCUUCCGACGAAGAAGUCUUUAGAAGAAGAGAGGAAGAUGCAGCGCGCAGGAGGAGGGAGGAAGAGGAACGGAGGCGAAGAGAAGAGGAAGAAUUCAGGCGGAGACAGGAAGAAGAGGAAAGGUUUAGAAGGAAGGAAGAAGAAGAACGGCUGAGAAGGGAGUACGAGGCAGAGGUGGCGAGGAAGCGAAAAGAGGAGGAGGAAGCUGCCAGGAGGGCAGCAAGUAAACCUCAGUUCUUGGCGAGGGCUCUGUACAGCUUCCAGGGGCAAACUGAUAAGGAACUUUCGUUUAGAAAAGGUGACAUAAUCAACGUGCGCAGACAAGUGGACAAGAACUGGAUUGACGGAGAAUUAAAUGGCAGGCGGGGAAUCUUCCCUCAAAAUUAUGUGGAGAUCAGACCCGUCGAAGAGGAAGAAGACGAACCACAACCAGAACCCGAACCACAACCAGUCCCAGUCACUCAGAAGCAAAUCCCGCGCGUCCAAGUUGUACAACAACGCGCGCAGCCGCAACAGCAUCAGCCUCCAACUCACGCCCAACAGCAGACCCAGGCUCAACCUCGGCCACCUAAUCAGCAAGUGACGCAGUCUGUGACUGUAGAAGGGGAGGGUCGGCUGAGGUACACCUUUAAAGCAGAGAGUAUGAGAGAACUUCCUUGUAGUAAGGGAGAUGUCAUAGCUUUAGUGAGGAAAGUAGACGCCAACUGGUACGAAGGAAGAAUUGGUGAUAGAAAAGGCAUAGUACCAUCAAGUUACUUAGACGUUUUUAGCGAACCGGAAGUUAAAGUCAUUCGUCAAGAACAAGUGCAACCAGUUCAGUCAGUCCGUGUGGAGCAGGAACCGGAUUUUGGAAGACCAGAACCUAGUUAUGAUCACAGACAGCAGCAGUCCAGAAGUUCCUCGGGGGCUAUGUAUCCAAGCCAGGCUUCUCCUCCCAAACACACGCAAGUAAAGUACAUCGAGGAGCCAGCGGAGCCUCGUUUUAGUUCUGGUGGUGUGGUCGCGCAUGCAAUAAUUGAUGAGCCAAUCACAAUAGGGCACGAGCAAGGAGAGAGGUAUCGUGCUUUGUACAAUUACGAACCCAUAAACGAAGACGAGCUUCGACUUGAAGAAGGUGACGAAGUACUCGUUCUGGAAAAAUGCGAUGACGGAUGGUUUGUAGGCACAUCUUCAAGGACGCAUUCAUUUGGAACCUUUCCUGGCAACUACGUUGAGAAAGUCCAUUAGUGAGGGAGAAGAUCAGCGUCGAAACAGUGAUGCCCUACCCUCUCAAAUGGGAGCUAUGGCAGAGCUGUUUAUCAAGACCACGCCCAUGCUAUACAACGCCCUAUAGCUAUCCGUCCGAGCUGAAAAGAUGACACUUUUAUUGAUCAUGGUACUUUGAAGUUUAUAUGGAUUUUAUAUAUAUUUUGAGAAUAAGUUGCUACAAGAUGGGUUUAUCUUCUAGUUCCGUUUUUGUCAUGAGAACUGUUUUCUAUCCCACAUUUGACAACUUUUGUACAGAGCUUUUAUCACCAAAUUAACAAGAAGUGUAACUACCUCCAAAAGUAUCGCAACAUGAGUUUGUCAGACGUUGCACGUUUGCGACACUCAAGUCCUGUUUUUUUUUAUUUUGUUGCUCUUAAUUCCAUAGAAAAUGAGGCUAUUUUAAUCACACUUCUUAGAUACACAGAAGGAAUUUGUAUUUAGGUAUUAUUAUCAAUUAGGUAUGAUAGGAAAAACAAUGGUUUUUUUUUAUAACAUUUUAGAAUUAACCCUUUUAAUUCCCAUGAGUGACCAAGACAGAAUUUCUCCUUACAAUAUCAAUACAAUAUCAACCAGACAAGUGAUGAGAAUAAAGAAAAAUAUAAAUUUGGGGAUAAUUGGUUGAUCCAAUACUAAAUUCUCUGAACUAACAUGAUAAGAAUUGUAUGGUUGACAGUAAGGAGAAUUAGAUGUUAAAGGGUUAAUGACGGUAUCCGAGUGACUACGCACCUACCCCUCCCCUAAACCAACAAAAGUCAACUGAUACCGGGAGGGGUAGGUAUGCAGUCGCUCAGAUACUGACAUUGAUCCAAGCCUUUUUAUCAACUUUCGAUUGACCAGGAAAUGGAGAUGAGCUUGAUUUUUUAAAAUUAUUCUCUCUCGUCUGUACUUCUUUCCUUAGUGUAGAUAUUGCAAAGUUUCCAAAAUAGCGACCCCUGUUACUUGCUUUAGAUAGUUAGGCUGACCAAUGCACACACUCUUUCCCCAAAACUUUGUCUUCCAAUGGUGAGCAAAGGCCUAGGAACAAGAUCUUUUGUGACGUUGUUUUCAUGUCAGAGUUAUGGAGUAGAAUUACAGGGGAAAGCCAUAAAGAAUUACAUGAUGCAAGUAAUUAGUGAGUUGUGAAAAAGAAUUUUCCAGUGUUUGAGUCCUUGCUGAGGAAAGUUCUUUUUUAGACGACUCAAACUAACCCCUUACUCUGCAAUAUUUAGAAUUGGAAAGGAAAUAAUGUAGAACUCAGCAUCUAAAUCUCAUUUAAUCCUGUAACCACUAAGAUUAAUAAGCAGCUAAUUUCUUUAAACAUUAUCACCCUUGAUUCAGACAUUAGGGUCAUGAUAAUAAAGGAAAUGAUCGCUCUCUCAGGAAGCUCUUGAUUGUUAGACAAUUCUCGUGCCAACUAAAUGUGUAGAGAACAGUAUAGAGAACUUGCACACUGAUGUUAGUGUGUAGGGUUAAUUUCAAUGCGGUCUGAUUUCAACCUGCUAUAUUGUUUACAGUACAGUGGAUCUUUAAUAAUGAAAUACAAUGCUGCAAGUCACUGCAUGCGAUCAAUUUUAACUACAAUAACUCUGCAUCACUUUUAGGAAAUAAAAGGCUGAUUUUAUAAAAUA